AUGUAUGGCAGUAACCGCUCUGUGAGUAAGAUGGAUGGCAGCAAUAGUGGUGGCAGGAGCAAUCAGGGCUCCUCAGGAAGGUCCCCUUGCCUGCCCCGCUCACCACGUAUAGGUCAUCGCCGCACCAACAGCAUGGGGGGCAGUGGUGGAGGCCCAGGUGGACCAGGGGGCAAAACCCUUUCUAUGGAAAACAUCCAAUCCCUCAAUGCUGCCUAUGCCACUUCAGGGCCCAUGUACAUGAGUGACAAUGAAGUCACCAUUGCCGCUUCCUCUGAUGUGUCCAAGGGUCCAGUGGGAACAGGGCGAUUUGGUGGCAGCAUCCCCUAUGGUGUUCGAGGUACAGGCAUAGGUAGCACUCCGGACAUGGCGAUGUUGUCCGCUGUGCCAAGCGAUGCCAUGGGCUUUGGGGGAGAACUCCAUACAGCAUCCACAGUGCCUCACUCUCUGCGGCAGGCAAGGGAUAACACCAUCAUGGAGCUCCAGGCACAGCUCAAGGAGGUGCUGCGAGAAAAUGAACUCCUUCGUAAGGAGGUGGAGGUAAAGGAGAGCAAACUCAGCUCCUCCAUGAGCUCCAUUAAAAACUUCUGGAGCCCUGAACUGAAGAAGGAGCGUGCAUUACGCAAAGACGAGGCCUCCAAGAUCGUGGUUUGGAAAGAGCAGUACCGUGCUCUUCAGGAUGAGACACAGCACCUGCAGACCACUGUGCAGGCCCUUCAGGCAGAGCUGCGCAUACAGCGUGACCUUAACCAGCUGCUGCAGCCAGCUGGGGAGCCUCUGGCCUGUGAGCCAGGGGAGGAGCAGGAGCGGCAGGCCCGAGAGGUGUUCCUGCUCCGCCGCACACUGGAGGAGAUGGAAGUGCGUUUAGAGACCCAGCGACAAACGCUGGCUGCCCGUGAUGACUCUGUCAAGAAGCUGUUAGAGAUGCUCCACAGCAAAGGGCCUUCUGCCAAGGCCAGUGAGGAGGACCAUGAGCGGACACGCCGCCUCGCAGACGCUGAGAUGCACGCCCACCACCUGGAGAAUCUGCUAGAGCAACGAAACAAGGAGAUCAUGGCAUUGCAAGAAGAGCUGCAGCGCAGGAUGGAGGGCACUCCAGAGUCUACGAAAACCAAAGCUCUGCAGACUGUCAUCGAAAUGAAGGACUCCCAGAUCAAUUCUCUGGAGCGGGGGCUGAGAGAGCUGGAGGAACAGGUGAUGAUGCUGCGCUCCAGCAGCCUCCUGAGCUGUGAGGAGCGUCAAGAGGAGGUGAAGCAAAUGGAGGUCUACCGCAACCACACCAAGUUCAUGAAGAACAAGAUGGACCAGGUGAAGCAAGACCUCUCUAGGAAGGACACGCAGCUGCUGGGUCUGCAGACCAAGCUGGAGACCCUGACCAACCAGUUCUCUGACAGCAAACAGCACAUUGAGGUGCUGAAGGAGUCUCUGACUGCCAAAGAGCAGCGAGCUGCCAUCCUGCAGACCGAGGUGGAUGCUCUGCGGCUGCGUCUGGAAGAGAAAGAGGCCAUGCUGAAUAAGAAGAGCAAGCAGAUUCAGGAAAUGUCUGAAGAGAAAAGCUCUCUUAAUGGUGAGAUCCAUGACCUUAAAGAUAUGCUGGAGGUCAAAGAGCGUAAGGUCAACGUUCUUCAGAAAAAGAUUGAGAACCUGCAGGAGCAGCUGAGAGACAAGGAGAAGCAGUUGAGUGGCCUGAGGGAAAGGGUGAAAUCCUUGCAGACGGACACCUCAAACACAGACACGGCCCUGACCACUCUGGAGGACUCGCUGGCGGAGAAGGAGCGUAUCAUUGAGCGUCUAAAGGAGCAGAGAGACAGGGAGGAGAGGGAGAAAGCCGAGGAGUUGGACAACAGUAAGAAGGAGCUGAGGGAACUCAAGGAGAAAGUCAGCCUACUGCAAGGAGACCUCUCGGAUCGCGAGACUUCCCUGCUGGACUUGAAGGAGCACGCCUCCUCUUUGGCCUCCUCUGGUCUGAAGAAAGACUCUAAGCUGAAGAGUCUGGAGAUUGCGCUGGAACAGAGGAGAGAGGAGUGCAUCAAACUGGAGAGCCAGCUUAAGAGGGCCCAGAGUGCAGCAGUGGAGGCACAGGCUAACUCUGAGCUCUCUGAGCGGAUCUCCUCUCUGGAGGCGGACGUGGCCAGGCACCGAGAGGACUCUGCCAAGGCGCAGGCGGAAGUAGACCGCUUGCUGGAGAUCCUACGUCAAAUGGAGAAUGAGAAGAACGACAAGGACAGAAAAAUCAAUGAGCUGGAGAGUCUGGCCUCCAGGCAAAUGAAGGACCAAAAUAAGAAGACAUUCACAGGGAAACACAAAGAGCAGGCUGGGAGGAGCAGGAACGCUAACGACGGGCCACAGCAAGAGUCGCUGCGGCAGAAAGCAGAGCGCAUAGAGGAGCUUGAGGAGGCUCUGAGAGAAAGCGUCCAGAUCACAGCAGAGAGGGAAAUAGUGUUGGCUCAGGAGGAGGCAGCACGGAUUCACCAGGAGAAACAGAUGGAGGAGCUGCUGGGGGCUAUGGAGAAGGUGAAGCAGGAGCUGGAGUCCAUGAAAGCCAAAAUGUCGUCCACACAGCAGUCUCUGGCUGAGAAGGAGGCUCAUCUCACCACGCUGAGAGCUGAGCGCCGGAGACACCUGGAGGAGGUGCUGGAGAUGAAGCAGGAAGCACUGUUGGCGGCGAUCAGUGAGAAGGAUGCUAACAUUGCCCUGUUGGAGCUGUCCUCUUCCAAGAAGAAGAAGACGCAGGAGGAAGUGGCCCAGCUGCGCAGGGAGAAGGACCGUCUGGUGCAGCAGCUGAAGCAGCAGACACAGAAUCGUAUGAAGCUAAUGGCUGAUAACUAUGAGGAAGGCCAUCUGAAAACACAAGCUCACCAGACCAACCACAAACCACCGAAAUCUCCAGACCAGAUGAAGAGCGGACGGAGAAGUAAAGUGCCCCGGAGCUCUGCAUUGGCCACCUGA